GGGAGCGCAGACAGAAAGGGAGCCCAGCGCCGAGACCCGUUCUGUCGGUUUCGCAUCCCGACACGGACCCGGGGCUUUUCGGGAGAAGAACAGAACCGCCCUCAGCGCUCAUGCAGCGUUUCUGUUCUUUGACGGAUGUUUAAAUCAGUGCGCCGACUGUGGCGGAACAAACAGGAGGAAAAGAACAAAUUCCGGAACUUGACUUUGAACGGGUACGAACGGCAGUCCCCUCCAGAGGAGCAGGCGAACCUUGAGCAGACAUGAAGACGAUGGAGGAACCCCCGUAUCUGACCGUCGGGACAGAUGUGAGUGCCAAGUAUCGAGGGGCUUUCUGCGAGGCCAAGAUCAAGACCGCCAAGAGACUGGUCAAAGCCAAGGUGACCUUUAAGCUCGAUUCAUCGACAGCGGAGGUGCAUGACGAGCACAUCAGGGGGGUUUUAAAGGUAGGAGCUGUUGUGGAGGUGAAGAGCCAAGAUGGAAGCUACCAGGAAGCCACCAUCAACAAGUUAACGGAUGCCAGUUCGUAUACAGUUGUAUUCGAUGACGGUGAUGAAAAGACACUGAGGCGGUCUUCGCUGUGCCUGAAAGGAGCGCGCCACUUUGCGGAGAGCGAGACCCUUGAUCGGCUGCCGCUGACUAACCCUGAGCACUUUAGCACACCAGUCAUCGGGAAGAAGCGCAACCGCGGCAGGAGAUCCAACCCCGUUCAGGAGGAAGAGUCAUCUUCGUCCUCCAGUGAGGAAGAGGAGGCCGACCAGCGGCUCAGCGAUGAGUUGCUGGGUAAAGUGGUGUGUGUGGAAGGAGUCGCCACAGCGGAGAAAAGACGAACCACGUGGUACCCGGGUCUGGUUGUGUCGCCGGACUGCAUCGAGGAUGUCGCGAUGAAGAGGGACUCUGUUCUCGUCCGCUCCUUCAAGGAUGGGAAAUUCUGCGUGGUUCUGUGUAAGGAUGUCCGUGAGCUGAACAGUGAAUCGACACCCAAGGCAGACGCAGGACUGAGACCCGCCCUCGAGGCAGCGAUCCUCUUCCAGAGAGAGGGCGUACUGCCCAGCAUGUGGAAGAUGGAGGUGAAGGAUGAGAGCUCCAGCAGCGAGGAAGACGAGGGAGAAGAGGAGGAGCGGGAGGAAGAUAGCAGCAGCGACGAAGAGGAGGAGGAAGUGGAGCCUUUUCCAGAAGAGAGAGAGAACUUCCUGCAGCAGCUGUACAAGUUCAUGGAGGACAGAGGUACUCCCAUCAACAAAAGACCUGUGCUGGGCUACAGGAACCUGAACCUCUUCAAACUGUACCGGCUGGUGCACAAACUCGGCGGGUUUGACAGCAUCGACAGCGGCGCAGUCUGGAAACAGGUCUACCAGGAUUUGGGGAUCCCUGUGCUCAACUCUGCAGCUGGUUACAAUGCCAAGUGUGCCUACAGAAAAUACCUGUAUGGCUUUGAGGAGUACGGCACUUCCACUGGAAUCACUUUCCAGAUGGAGCUGCCCUCCAAGCUGGAGAAGAAGGCAGAUCCAGAAGCCAACAGCCAGGUGCCGCGACCUCUAAACCCAAGCAAAGAGUGUAUGGCUGAUCCAAGGGCCACGGACGAGGAGCAGAUGCUGAGUACGGAGAAGGAGGCCAGCGACUCUCAGCCUGCCGUAUCCAAGGAGGCCGCAGCCACUCAGAGUGUCCUGGGGGUGGAGGACAGACCCGCUGCUGCAAAUAUAAAGACUGAGGAGGUUGCUGAGAAGGAUGGAAGCAGCGAAGCUGUGGAGAGGACAGCAGUUCCCCAGGCAGAAAACAUUGGAUUGGAGCAGGAACAGGAGAAAUCAGAGGAUGAGGAGGGGGAAUGGGAGGAGUUUGUGUAUUACCCCCCGGGGAUGAAGGUGCAGGUGAGGUAUGGGCGAGGCCGCAGUCUGAAGAUGUACGAAGCCACUGUGAAAGAGUCAGACCUGGAAGGGGACGAAAUGUUCUACCUGGUGCACUACUGUGGCUGGAACAUCAGAUACGACGAGUGGAUAAAAGCAGACCAGAUUGUGCGGCCAGUCAAAAAGAACGUGCGCUCAAUAAGGCUCCGUAGGAGAAUUAAGAAAAAAAGCAAACGGGAGAGAGACCGACUAGAGAGACUGGACACGAUGGGAGCGUCUUCCCCUAAACCCAGCAUCACCGAAGGGUCUGCCAAGGCGAAUGCAGCCCUUGACAGUCUUUCUAAUCUGCGCGACAGUAGUGAGAAAGGGACCAAUCAGUCUGUUGCCAAGUCCGUUGAAAUGAACUCUGACCUCAACGGUCUACAUGUCACUGAGAGCUCAACAGAGGAGAGUGAGCCGGAGGAGGAGAGAGACCAUGGCAAUGAUGGGCUCAAGCACGACCAAGGCGUUCUCAGGAAAGGUGGACCCCCAGAGGACUGGGAGGGCGGUCCACCUCAGCAGGGUGGUGCGGAAGCAGUGCUGUGUGACUCAGUCCAGAACACUGGUGGCCAGGACAACUUUGACACUGGCAGGUGUAAGGAGGGCGAAGGGGUCACCCACAAACGGAGAAGCGAGGGCUCUGUAGAGCGUCCAGCCAGGGUGCAGGGCCAGAGCAGAACAAGAUGCAGGACUGCCGAGUGGUUGCCUGGCAGCUCCCCGAAAAGGCCGGAAGAGAGAAACGCGCCCACCAUGGAGGAGGAGGACCUGAUGUCCAGCAGCAGCAGUUCAGAGGAUGAAGGGGAGAACCUCAUGAAAGCUCCCGCGGACGAAGGAAAUCGGGGGCGCUCCAAAGCCAGGGGCCCACCGUCAAAGAAAUACAACGGGCUGAAAGAAAAGGUGAAGCACACGCGAGCGGCCGGGAUCUGGGAGGUACCGGAGAAACGGACCAAGCUGGCACCAAGCGCAGACGAGAGGGUGGCUGGCAGCCGGCCGAAGGGCCAGAAGGACGUCUGGUCCAGCAUCCAAGGCCAGUGGCCUAAAAAGACGCUGAAGGAGCUGUUCUCCGAUUCGGACACUGAGGCGGCCAACUCACCCCCUCAAGCCCUCCCUCCGCCAGAAGAGCCCCGAGUUGAGGAGGAGAGGCCGGACCCUGAGGCGACUCGGGCGUCCCCGAGCAGCGGUACCAACUCUGUCCUCAACACUCCUCCGACCACACCCGAGUGCCCCUCCCCAGGCGAAGCUGCUGAUGGGUGCUGCAAUACCAUGGAGGCUCCUGAACAGACCCAGGCAGAGAGCCCUGCCCAACCCCUGCUGCCACCGCUGCAGCCCCCUCAGGAGGAGAAUGUGGGAGGGCGCAGUGAGACAGACAGCAGCACAGUGGAGAUUGAGAGUUUAGGGGGGGAGGCACAGGAGUUGCCCCAGGAGGGCACUGGGUCGCCUUCUACUGCUUUUGAUGGCAGCUUGUCCUGCAACAGCAGUAGCAGCAGCCUGGAGCUCAGCUGCAGUAGUCAGCUGGAGGGACAGCGUGAGGUCAAAGGGUCAGCAGCUGGCCAGAAGCGGCAGAGGGAAUUGCCAUCCAGUGGGUCGGUGAAGAGGCACAAGCGCAGCCACAAGAGCUCCUCCGAGCAUCACAAGAAGAGCCGCAAACCAGGGCACAGCAGUGACAGUGAGGACCAGUCCACCACUGAAAACGCUGCAAAAUCUUCCGCUCACAAGACUGCGGGAAGGAUGCACAAGCACGGGGAUGCCAGUCACCCCCAUCAGCAGCAGCACAGGGAGCACCACGGCCGCUCACCACGGAUCUACAAGUGGAGCUUUCAGAUGUCCGACCUGGAAAAGAUGAGCAGUCUGGAGAGGAUCGCUUUCUUGCAGGAGAAGAUCCAAGAGAUUCGCAACCACUACCUCUCUCUGAAAUCAGAGGUGGCCUCUAUCGACCGCAGACGGAAGCGCCUGAAGAAGAAGGAGCGUGAAAGUGCGGCAGCUGCCUCCUCUGCCUCUUCCUCCCCGUCCUCCAGCUCCCUAACCGCGGCCGUCAUACUGGCUUUGGCCGAAUCUCCUGUUGCAGGACCCACGCAAAACUCUGGUAUGUCAGUGGAGUGCAGGUGACACAGCGUGUCGGAGGCCACGGCACGUUCUGCACUUGUUCUGCGGUGGGCACUGUUCUCUGCAAAGUCAGCAGCCUGGCAUCCCAGAGACGGAACUCGACAAAGCACUAUGUUUUUUCUUCUUGCGUUGACAACGGUUUCCUUGGCAAGCUAACUGCACUUAAGUGCACUUUCGAAGGGGUAGAAAUAGAAGAAACAAGUACAGUGGACUUGCUCUCUGUUGGCAACGGUUUUAAAGUUGAUUUCUGCAAGCAAUAAUUAUUUCAAACUGAUUGUGUUUAGGUGGUUGGGCAGGGAGGUCAGGAGAUGAACUUCAGUGGUCUUCAAAAGGUCCUUUCCUGUGUUGUAGGUGUCUAGUUUCCCCCAGAGUUUACACACCAAGCGUUAAGUGUUAAGUCAUCCCAGUUGUUUCCUGGUUUCCACAGCCUCCCCAUUACUCCUCUGAGCAGUGAAAGGAACAGUAUACCUAACCUUAUCCCCCUCCCACUUGCUGUGAAGUCCAGCACUCACGGUGCCGGAGGGUUCGAGUGCAGAGCUGUAAACGUGCCCCAUACAGAAUGGACACUUGUGUCCAGUGUUGUCACAUUCUCAUGUUAAUUUUGUUCCUCUGUUAUUUUAAAAAUGUGCGCGAGUCCCACCGCGGGGCAAGCUCACUCGCUGCCGUCCGUCAGCCGAAAGCGAUGCUGUAGUGCCUUGUAAUCCUCCUCCUCCUUGGGCACUUGGAUAGAUAACUUGGCGAGCCUGCCUGGACCCUCCCUGACAGCUUUGAGUCCUGCGCUCGCUAAAGGCUCCCUGGAAGUUCGCUUCCCGUUUACAUACACUCUACUUGUGUUCCAACAGUUAAGAGUUGUUAAAAUAAAAAAGGGCUGUUUGUAAGCAUUCCACAGGAAAUGUGUCAGGAAUAUGUCUGAAAGGUAACUUUUGUACCUUUUAAAAACAAUUGUCUGGACUGGAUAAAAUUGCACUUUAAACUUUUUGGCAGCCAUAAUGAAAUUUUUUUUUUUUUCCUUUU